ACAGCAGCAACAGAUUAGGGCUUAGGAAUGGAUGAGCACGUCUCUCCAUAAAGUGAAGGGCAAUUUGAAAAAAGGAAGAUUCGGAUUCACAUUCUGGUGUCUCACAGCUAGGAUGGAAUGAAAAAGUUAAAGUGAAUUAUGACUUGCUGAAAGAUCUAGAUAAAAACAAACUCAAGAUGAAAACGUAAAGUAUCUAUGACAAUAAUCAUUUUUUUUUUAAUCUGUCGAGAUAUGAUUCUUCGGGAGAUUAAAUAACCGACGAAGGCCGCAGGCAGAGAAUGGUUUGGCGAAUGAUAAUUACAGAGACAAAGAUUAGAUCUGCUACAUUGUCUCGCAGUUACACCUUAGUCGACUACCCUUUGCGCCAAACAAUUAGACUGGAAUCUCAGUCUGGUCAAUGCAUCGUCUACACGCAAAUGCUGCGAAAUCUUAUGACAGAUUAGAUCGAAAUUUGUUGUGUAUUAUAGGGCUUGCUGAUCAGCUCUUGUUUGUUUUCGGACUCGUACAGAUCCAGCUCAAAUGGUUGGUUGAGCUUGACAACUGAAGCUAAAUAUGGAGUCGAUCCUAGCGAUGGCAUUGGAGUCUACACUCAAGUACUGGCUAAACUCAUUUUCAAGAGACCAGUUUAAGCUACAAGGGCGAACUGUUCAGCUUUCAAAUUUAGAUAUCAAUGGGGAUGCAUUACAUGCAAGCGCCGGUCUUCCUCCAGCUUUGAGUGUUACACAAGCAAAAGUUGGCAAGUUGCAGAUCAAGAUUCCAUCAGUUUCAAAUGUACAAAUAGAGCCGGUUGUUGUCCAAAUUAACAGACUGGAUCUAGUUCUUGCAGAGAAGUUGGGGUUUGAGCCUGACACAACACAAUGCAGCAGUCAGCUAUCUUCAAGCACAACAAAGAGUAGCGGAUAUGGAUUUGCUGAUAAAAUUGCAGAUGGUAUGACAUUGCAAAUUCAGACAGUUAAUGUUAUGCUGGAAACAUGUGGAGGUGCAGGAUGCCAUGGAGGAGCAACUUGGACCCCUCCAUUGGCUUCAAUUACAAUUCGCAAUCUUUUACUGUAUACAACAAAUGAAAACUGGCAGGCUGUGAACCUCAAAGAGGCAAGAGAUUUCUCCAGUAAUAAAAAAAACAUAUAUGUUUUCAAGAAAUUGGAAUGGGAUUCAUUAUCUGUUGAUCUUCUUCCUCAUCCUGAUAUGUUCAGUGAUGAACGCUUGACACUUGGUGAGAACAGACGUGAUGAUGAUGGUGCUAAGAGGAUGUUCUUUGGUGGUGAACGGUUUCUUGACAACAUAUCAGGGCAAGCCUAUAUUACUAUAAAGAGGACUGACCACAACAAUCCACUUGGUCUUGAGGUUCAAUUGCAUGUUCCAGAAGCACUGUGCCCAGCAUUAAGUGAGCCAGGCCUUCGUGCUCUUCUUCGCUUCAUGACAGGACUGUAUGUUUGCAUGAAUAGGGGUGAUGUGGACCCUAUAACUAUACAGCAAUCUAGUGAAACAGCGAGUCAUUCCUUGGUGACUAUUAUAGUCGACAACAUAUUCCUUUGCAUUAAAGAUGCUGAAUUUCAGCUUGAGGUUUUGAUGCAAUCCCUGCAUUUUUCUCGGGCCAGUGUUUCAGAGGGAGAGCUGACAAAGACAAUGAGUCAUGUUAUGGUUGGUGGAUUCUUUCUUAGGGAUGCUUUUUUGCGUCCUCCAUGCACUUUGGUUCAACCAUCUAUGGAGCAUGCCUCAACUGAAUCACUUCCUGUUCCCAUUUUCGCUACUAAAAGACUUUGGCCCAGUAUCUAUCCUUUGGAACCUCAAUCCUGGCAAAAAGUUGACACUGUUCCUAUGAUAUGCUUGCACUCUUUGCAGACGAACCCUUCACCUGCUCCUCCAGCUUUGGCUUCACAGACAGUUGUUCAAUGCCAGCCUAUCAAGAUAAAUCUUCAAGAGGAAUCAUUCUUAAGAAUUGCCUCUUUCCUGGCUGAUGGCAUUGUCGUAAAUCCUAGUGAUAUUUUACCUGAUACUUCAGUAAACUCUUUUUACUUAAGUCUCAAGGAGUUUGACAUUACAAUUCCAGUGGAUGCUGCAAAGAUAGAUCAAGAAAUUCGGAGCAUUGUUGAUAACUGCUUCACAGGGGCGAGACUCCAUGUGGAAAGUUUGAUUUUUGCACAGUCCCCAUCUGGAACAUUUAGGCUUCUAAAUCUGGAUAAAGAUCCAGCAUGCGUUUUAUUAUGGAAGGGUCAGCCUAUUGAUUCCAGUCAAAGGAAAUGGGUGAUACGAGCAGCACAUUUGAGUUUAUUUCUGGAAACGGGAAACUUUGAUGAUUUAUCUCUGAGUAAAAAUCAUUUAGAUUGGAAAUCAGGUUUGUGGCAGUGUGUAGAGUUGCAUGAACCUUGUAUGGAAGGAGCAAUGGUGACAGCAGAUGGCAGCCCAUUGGUCACAGUGCCACCUCCAGGUGGUGUAGUCAGAAUGGCUGUGGCAUGUAAAAAGUUCAUUUCAAAUACCUCUUUAGAGCAACUACUUUUUGUUUUGAAAUUAUAUGCAUAUAUGGGGAAAGUGGGUGAGGAUAUUUCAAAAAUUGGCAGUGGAGAUGGAGAAAGGACUAGAAAUCAGAGCAUUGAAGAGGCUAAUGGAAACAAAGGUCUGGAUAAGACAGGAUCUUUUGGUGGCUUUGUUGAAAUGGUUCCUAGUGAUACUGCUGUUACUCUUUCUGUUGAUGAUGUCUACCUUAAGUUCCUUGAAUCAAUUCCUGCCCAAAUGGAGGUUCAAGGUCCACCCUUAGUUCAGUUUUUGGGUACGGCACUAAAUAUUAAGGUAAGUCAUAGAACAUUAGGUGGAGCAAUGGUAAUAUCAUCUGUUAUAUGCUGGCAAAGUAUUCAAGUUGACUGUGUUGAGACAGAAUUAAAGAGUUCAGUGGCAGAUCGAGGGCCAAACAAUAAAAUUUUAAAGCAUCACCCAGAUGGCACAGGAUCAUUGUUGCAGACUCAAGAAAACUACUCAAAAUUUAUGCAAGAGAGUCCUCAAAUGCGUCCAGUUUUGUGGAUUAAUGUGCCUAGAGACAACUUAGCAAUUGGCCAUUCAUCUCAAAAUGGCUCAGCUGGCUGUUUACCCUUUUUGGAUGUAAGCAUAGUCCACGUUCUUCCGUAUAGAGCACAGGAUGCUGAGUGCCAUAGUUUAAAUGUUACUGUAAAAAUGUCUGGUGUACGGCUAGGAGGUGGAAUGAAUUAUAAUGAAGCCCUUCUGCACCGUUUUGGUAUUCUAGGACCAGAUGGUGGACCAGGAGAGGGAUUAAAAAAUGGACUGAAAAAUCUUUCAAGAGGCCCAUUGGGUAAAUUGUUUAAGUCAUCACCUCAAAUCAAAAGUGCCAGAACUGAAGCUUAUGUUUCGGAAAAAAUAGAUGGUGAUCAAUCUUUGGAGCUCACAAGUCCAGAUGACAUUGAGAUAGAUAUCAAGUUGCAAGAUUGGCUCUUUGCUCUAGAAGGUGCAGAGGGUGGAACAGAACUAUCCAUGUUACAGUUGCUUAAAACAUUCUCCGUUCCAAGAGAACAAAGAUGCUGGCAUAUGGCAUUUCAAUCUAUGUGUGUUAGUGCAAAGAGCAGUCAGAAAUCUUCUUGCAAUCUACUAUCACAAUCUGAAAAGCCUGGCAAGAAACCUCCUGUUGAAGUAAUAAAUGUGAGUUUGGAAGGACUUAAGGUCUUAAAACCUAAAAACAUAAAUCUCAACACACAAUUGGCUACAAACACAAAUUUUGUAGAAAGUUGCUCUUCUAUUCCAGUCACUCAUGAUUUUUCUGGGAAAAGUAAUGGAUUAGUGCACAAUCACAACUGGGGUUCAGAGACAGCAAUUACAAGCAAUAGUGGAGUCGAUCUCAAAGUUCGUUUGGUUAUAUCCAAUAAUGAUGUUGAUUUUGGAAUGGGUGAAUGGAUAGUGGAGAGUGUGAAGGGAGCUAUUAAUGAGCCGGUGGAAGUUGAGGCAACAAAGGAAGAAUUAGAGUAUCUACUGCUUCUUUCCAAGUCAGAAAUCGAAUCACUCAGCAGAAUCACUGCAGGGGUUUUGCAGAUAUUGCAGCUUCAAGGAUCUUUAGGUCAAGCUGCAAUAAAUCAGCUGAAUAAUAUCGCAAGUGGGAUUUUGGAUAAGGUUGUUACACCAGAGAAGUUUGGGCGGCAAUGCAGCACUGGCACUGGCGAAGGCGUAGAAUCCACUCUUUCUGUGCUUGAACAGUCUGUUUCGGAGGCCCAAAUCUUAUGUGCAACGUUAAGUAGGCAUUUAGUGGCACAUCCAGGAGAAGAUAAAGAUUUCACUUUAAGCAGUUCCAGAAUGUCUGCAGAGUUGGAUAUCAAAGAGCUUAAAAAACACCUUGAGACAAUGCAGGCUUCACUUUUCAAGCUUCGUAAUAAAGUAGUGUAAGUUGGUUACUCUUAUGUUGUAAUAUAAUUAUUCAUUUAUAGAAUGCAAUGAUUCUUUUGUACAUAUCAUGAGGCCACAUUUGUGAGGCCAGAUAGCGAGUUGGUUAAAGUAUUACCCUAGCUCUGGUAAUUUUUAUGUGAAAACAAGAAUAAAGUUGCUAGGCGAAUCCCGACAGAGAAGCAUUUCAAAGGCAAAAUUGCCAAUGGUGUGCCCAUCCCUUUUUGGUACCAAGAUAUGAAUAUUUCUCGCAAUGCUGUAUUCUCAAUUUAAUAAUGUUUUUGUCAA